UAUGACAGAGUACCAAGAGAUGAACUGUGGUAGUGCAUGCGCAAGUCUGGCGUGGCAGAGAAAUAUGUUAGAAUAGUACAGGACAUGUAUGAGGGCAGCAGAACAGCGGUGAGAUGUGCCGUAGGUAUGUCAGAAGAAUUUAAGGUGGAGCAGGGACUGCAUCAGGGAUCCGCCCCUCCCUGCUUGCGGCAGUAAUGGAUAGGCUGACAGAUGAGCUUUGACUGGAAUCCCCUUGGACUAUGAUGUUCGCAGAUGAUAUUGUGAUCUACACGGAGCAGGCGGAGGAACAAUUAGAAAGAUGGAGGCACGCACUGGAAAGGAGAGGAAUGAAGAUUAGCCAAAGUAAAACAGAAUAUAUGUGCAUGAAUGUGAGGGGCAGAGGAGGAAGAGUGAAGCUCCAGGGAGAAGAGAUAGCGAGUGUGGACUACUUCAAAUACUUGGGGUCAACGAUACAGAGCAAUGGAGAGUGUGGUAAGGAAGUGAAGAAACGGGUCCAAGCGGGAUGGAACAGUUGGCGGAAGGUGUCUGGUGUUCUAUGUGACAGAAGAGUCUCCGCUAAGAUGAAGGGCAAAGUCUAUAAAACAGUGGUGAGGGCGGCCACGAUGUACGGAUUAGAGACGGUGGCACUGAAGAAACAACAGAAAGCAGAACUGGGGGUAGCAGGAAAAAAGACAUUGAGGUUCUCGCUUGGAGUGCACGGGUUGGAUAGAAAUAGAAAUGAGCUCAUUAGAGGGACAGCCAAAGUUGGACGUUUUGGAGACAAGGUUAGAGAGAGCGAACUUUGAUGGUUUGGACAUGUUCAGAGCCGAGAGAGUGAGUAUAUUGGUAGAAGGUGUCACGUCCCAUCGGAACGAGAGGUAGGACCCAAAUGCAGGAACUCUGAAGACGCAAGGUAGUUCAAGAAGAGACACACGUUUAUUGUACGCAGAGGUCGGGGAUCAAGCAGGCAGUCCGGUGCACGGGGAAACAAUGCAGGCAGAAGUGUCAAGGAGUCAGGCUUACAAGGUUGGUCGGGGAUCGAGCAGGCAGUCCGGUGCACGGGGAAACAAUGCAGGCAGAAGUGUCAAGGAGUCAGGCUUACAAGGUUGGUCAGAGAACGGACGGAGGCCGGUACACUCAGGUUCAGUCAGGAGUACGAGAGUGGUGGAACGGGACAUAAAGAUCAACGAACUGGCGCCGGCCAGUCGUCACCGGGUCCUAUAUAUACGGGGGAUGAUCAGGCCGCAUGAGGCACAGGUGUGUGCCUCCCAAUCACCACAGCCGCACAGCUCGCGGUGAAGCGGCAGGAUCAUGACAGAAGGGUGCUGAGGAUGAGGACAGUGGCUGUUAGAGAAGAGGAUACACGAGAUAGGCUAAGAUGGAAAAGGAUGACACGCUGUGGCGACUCCUAACGGGACAAGCCGAAAGGAAAAGAAUGAGAAGACGGUAUAAAAUGGGUAAUAAAAUUUACAGCACUGGUGUCGCAAAAGAUAUAAUUCAAAUUCCAACUACAAAUUACAAGUUUUUGUGUCAGAAGUAAUCCCUCUGGAGUCCAACACACUUUCUCAGUCUUCGCUGCCAUACCUUCAAAUAUACUCCUGGAAAGAUUCUUUCGAGAUCCUCCACAGUUCUGUUGUCAUGGCCAUCUUGAUGUCUUCAAAAAGUGUCCCCUUGAUGACCACCUUGAACUUGGAAAAGUGGGGGGAAAAAAUAACAAGGAGCCAGGUCAGGUUGGAGGUUGUUGUUGUUGCAGCAUCGCAAUGUUUUUCUUGGCCAGGAACUGUCAGAUGCUCAGAGCAUUGCAUUGACAUAGAGAAGAAGAUGUACAACAAAUGUAAUGUUGCCCAAAGUCAAUACUUUAUGUUUUUUGGGACUCCGAUCGAGGAACCUUCCUAGUAGACUUCAUAUUCUAACUUAAAUAUGCCAGAAAAGUUGGACUUGACAAAUAAUUAUAAUUGAGAACUAGUAAAUCAAAUGUUAUAAUAAAGAAUCAAUGUGUAGGAUAUUAACGUUACUAUCCAAAGGCAUCCAAUAUUCUGUUACAAAAAUAGCCUUAAAUUUCAGCAAAAAAUACUGCAACAGUUGUUUUGUGAUGAAAUCACAGAAAAAUCAAAAACUGUUGACCAAUCUGCAUGAUGAACAAUAAUCAUAACCAACAUUAAUUUGAACCAUACAAGAUCACUGACUUGUUUGCCAAUUAGGCAAACCAGUCAGAUGUUAAGAAACUGAUGAUGAAUUGAAGAACAAAAUUUUAGCUUUUGGCAACGAUCUCUUCAUUUGAAGAAAGUGUUUAAAUCUUAUCUAAUCUAAAAUCUAAUCCAACAUUUGUCUGCUUCUUGGGAAACUGACAGUUUUAACAGUCUGAAUCAGUGGUUCUCACCUGUGGUCUUUCUGGGACCCGGUUUUUCAUAUUGCAGAAUUGUGACCUACAUUCAUAAAAGUUGUAUAAAGUUGUUAUUGUUUAGAAAUAGCCCCUGAAAACACAUGUACAGUAUAUUACGUUUAUAAAUGUGUUUUUUGAACAGCCAAAGAUAUAUUGAUAUCCAUAAUGUCUGCCAACCAAAGGCUGAGCUGCAUCGUACUCGUUUACAGAGUAGACUUGGGGUCCUGACCCACCUGCUGAGACUCACUGGUCUGAAUUAUGCUUUAAAUUUGGUGACGUAUGAUUGAAACAUGAUGGGAAGUGUUCUCAUCUGAAGUCUGCCUUUGAGCAAUGCUGGGCCCCCAGGCUGCUAAUGGAUUAAAUGAAAGAGAGGUGCUUGGGAACAAUACAAUGGUCUUUUCUCACUGCGUCUAAUCCUUGUUGGUAUUGCAAGCAGUUUCAUAUGACUCCGCAGAGAAAAGGUGACAAGGGGCCUUGAGAAGAAUUGUUUUACUACAGGCUAGAGAAAAAAGAGAGAUGUCAACUCCUCCACCAACCUCUUGUGAGUGGAUGCUCCUGGUUGAACAGAAGAAUAUAAAUGUUCGGGUAACGAGCAUGGACGCUGAGCUGGAAUUUGCCAUUCUGCCCAGCACGACUGGCAAACAACUUUUUGAUCAGAUAGUGAAAACGAUCGGGCUGAGGGAAACCUGGUUCUUCGGUCUGCAGUACCAGGACAGUAAAGGCUUCUCCACCUGGCUAAAGCUCAACAAAAGGGUGACUGCUCAAGAUGUCAAGAGGGACAAUCCUCUGUUGAUCAAGUUCAGGGCAAGGUUUUACCCCGAGGAUGUUUCAGAAGAACUCAUCCAGGAGGCAACGCAGCGUCUCUUCUUUCUGCAGGUAAAAGAGAGCAUAUUAAAUGACGACAUUUACUGCCCACCCGAGACUGCCGUGCUUCUGGCCUCAUAUGUGGUUCAGGUCAAACUUGGAGACUAUAGGGAAGAUUAUCACGUAGCAGGCUACCUAACAAGAGAGAAGCUGCUUCCCCAGAGGAUUUUAGAGCAACACAAACUGAAUACGAAUCAGUGGGAGGAAAGAAUUCAAGUGUGGCAUCAAGAGCACAAGGGAACGCUAAGGGAGGAUGCCAUGGUGAAGUACUUGAAGAUAGCCCAGGAUCUAGAAAUGUAUGGGGUCAACUAUUUCAGCAUCAAGAACAAGAAAGGAACUGAGCUCUGGUUGGGAGUAGACGCGCUGGGCCUCAACAUUUAUGACAAAAAGGACAAGCUGACCCCAAAGAUUGGCUUCCCCUGGAGUGAGAUCAGAAAUAUUUCCUUCAAUGACAAGAAGUUCGUCAUCAAACCAAUUGACAAGAAAUCUCCGGACUUUGUUUUCUAUGUACCUCGUCUUCGCAUCAACAAACGUAUCCUCGCAUUGUGCAUGGGAAACCACGACUUGUACAUGCGCAGACGCAAACCGGACACCAUCGAAGUACAACAGAUGAAGGCCCAGGCAAGAGAGGAGAAGAACAAGAGGCAGAUAGAGAGGGCUCUGCUUGAGAGUGAGAAAAAAAAGCGUGAAAACGCUGAGAAGGAAACAGAGAAGAUCGCUCGUGAGACAAUGGAGCUGAUGGAGAGAUUGCGACAGAUUGAGGAGCAGACAAAGAGAGCUCAAGAUGAGCUGGAGGAGCAGACUCGCAGGGCGCUCGAGUUAGAGAAAGAGAAGACGCUUGCGCAGGAGGAGGCUGAGAGCCUGGAAAAUGACCACAGGGCUGCCAUGCAGGCGAAAGAAGCCCUGCUACAACAUCCCCAGUCCAACUUGAAGAGUCAGGAGGAGCUGGCCACUGAGCUGGCAGAGCUUACAUCGAAAAUCUCCCAGCUGGAAGAUGCCAAGAAGAAAAAGGAUGAGGAGGCAAUGAGAUGGCAGAAAAGGGCGAUGAUGGUAGAAGCUGAUUUAGAGAGGACCAAAGAAGAGCUGAAAUCAAAAAUAAUGGGAAUCCACAUUCAGGAUUCUGUCCACCCGCACAUGCAUGAUCAUGACGAGACAGAUGAGAGCAGCGCGGAGGCGAGCGCUGAGUUAAUGUCUCCCGGCACAGUACGCGACCGCAGUGAAGAGGAAAGAGUAACAGAGGCACAAAAGAACCAGAGACUGCAGAAAAACUUGAAGUUCCUGAGUACUGAGCUUGCUCGAGCUCUAGACGAGAGCAAAAAGACCCCAAAUGACCUGAUCCAUGCUGAGAAUGUAAAGGCCGGCCGCGACAAAUACAAGACCCUACGUCAGAUCCGUCAGGGUAACACCAAGCAGCGCAUUGAUGAAUUUGAGUCCAUGUGAGAGAAUCUACUGUAGACGGGCUGAAUGAAGCACUAAAUUGGAUCAAAUAUGGAAACGGAGUAGACUUAAUUUAUACCAAUAUUGAAUCUAAGAAUGGAUGAAUAGACUUGAUAUAACAACAAAUAGUAUACUUCUACUGUCCUUUAUUUUCAGUGUUUCAUCUGAGAUAAAUCUAUGAGAAAAUUACAUAAACAUCCAUUUCCCACGUCAUUGGGGUACACUUGCACAAUCUAAUAAGUCAAUACACGAUCUUCAUCAAAUGUAUUUUCCAUUCUCAAAGAUAAUAAUAUGACUUUGUUGACACUAUCAGAGAGGUAUUAAUUUAACAAUUAAUAAUUACUAGAUUAUUAUUGUCAAACUACAAUGUAAGGGGUCAAUUAUAUUUUGUUCCUUAUUUAGCAAAUUUCAGGGCUAGGCCUGCAUUACUACAACAAUAAACAAAUUGUUAAAUAAAUAUUAUUCUGACAGUGCCAAUAAAAACUUCUGUUCUGAAUUUCUGUCACAGCUCUGGUAUUGGAUCUCAUUAGCUUGUGUGGUUCUGUGAUGUAUAAUAUAUCGUCUUUAGUCUUUUCCGGUUUGUUAACUUCUUCUUUUUAUAACCUUAUAAAUGAUUCAACUGCACCCAUGGAAUUUAGGUUUGUCACAUUGUUUU